AAUGUGCUGCUGUUGAAGGAAAGAUGGAAGCCGCCACAGAAGAAGCCGGUGGAAGAAAUCACCUCAACAACGUUUUAUCAGAUACAGAACUUUCUAAUUUGCCCAAUAGUGUUAUAGAAAAAGUCAACUCUUACAUUGAUCAAAAAUUUGGCGAAUAUUUGACAUCAAAAGCUUUAUUUGAGACCACCAAAUCACAAAUUGAUGAAAAAGUUGCUGCCUUAGAAGCAACAGCAACUGAAACAGCCUUAAAGUAUGAAGAUGCAGCAAAAAAGCUACUUGUUGCUGAGGAGACAAUCUUGGAAUAUGAAAAGCAAGUUAAAACCCUUAACACUGAACUUGAAAAGUCUCGUGAAAAAGUUUUCCGAUUGGAAAAUGAAAUCAUUUCUCUUAAGAGUGCUAGAGAUGCUGCAGUUGAUGAAAGGAAUGAUCUAACACGGAUAUUAGAAAGACGUGACACAGAAAUUGAAAGACUAACAGCAAAUGAAGCAUCCAUUUCCCAGCAAUUACGUGCUGCUAUUGAUUCCAAAUGUGAAGCAUUAGCUUUAAAUGAUGACAUUCAAAGUAAAGAAUUAUCGUUGCAGUACCGUGAAAAACGAUUAGAUCAAGAAAGAGUUCUUCUAAAUUCCCAGAUAAAUAUUCUUAAUGAAGAGGUUGAUAGACUCACUUCAGAAUUGCAAACUGUCAGAUUAAAUAAUACUAGUAGGGUUGUGAAUUUAGAAACUCAACUUGCUGAAAAAGUGGAAGAAUUGAAUGUUGCAAAUGACCAAAUAGCCCAACUUAAUGAAGUUAAAAAGAAUUUAAAUAAUCGUGUUGAAAGUCUAACCCAGAGAUUAAUGGAACAGAGGGAAUUAGAAAAUAAAAUUUCUGAUGGAUACAAAAAAGAACUAGAGGCUAAAACUAAAUUAGCUGACUUAUUUAAGACUAUGAAUGAUGAUGCAGAAGCAAAAACAUUGGAGUUAACAGAGGGUAUUGCCGAAUUACAAAAAUUACUUAAUGAUGCAACUGAAAAGUAUGGUGAAUUAGAGACAAAAUAUAAACAAGCUGAAAUUGAUCACGAAGAAUUAAUGGAAAAGAAAAAUGAAAUUAUUGCAUCAUUAAAAACUGAACUGGAACAUGCAAAUGAUUUAUUAAAAGCAGCAAAUGCUCAAAAUUUGGAAAUGGCUUUAAGCGAUCUUGCCCCUUCAGCAGCUACAGCAAGUAAACUUUUAAAAUCAGGAAUGUCAUUAACUCAAAUUUAUUCUCAGUUAGUAAAAGUAUCAGAAGAAUUGGCUCAAGAAAAAGAAGAAAAUAGACGCCUCAAUAUAACUAUUAAUAGAAUUGUGCAAGAAUUAGAAGAGAAAGCACCUGUACUACAGAAGCAAAAAUCUGAAUAUGUGGAAGCUAUGGAAAGCAACACAGCAUUGUCUCAACAAAUUGAGUCUUUGACAAUUGAAUGCAAUAGGCUUAGGGAUGAUUACAAUGAGACUUCUAAAAUAGCUAAUCAUUACAAUAGAGAGAAUACAAAAUUGAAAGGAGAAUUAGCUGACUUAGGACGGCAAGUGUGCUUUUUGCUUAAAGAAAUAGAACAUAGUAGAGGUGGACUUGUUAAUGGUGACCAUGAUUCUUCUCAAAGUAAUAGUAAUACAACAAGUUCUUCUGAUCUUAAUUCAUCAAGACUUAUUUCCAAGACUCUAGUUACAUUUACGGAUAUUCAAGAAUUGCAAGCCAAUAACCAAAAAUUAUUACGCAUGAUUCGUGAUCUGACUGAUAAGCAAGAAGAAUUAGAACGUCAAAAAGAGCAAUUUGAAAGUGGGGAAAUGGAAAACAAAUUAGAAGCCUUAAAACAAAGGGUUUCUGAAUUAACUGAAGCUCAAGAUAGACAAACGAAAAUGGUUAAUGGUCUGAUUAGGCAAAGAGAUAUGUUUAAAAAAUUAUAUCAUGAUCUAAUGAGGGGAAAGCGCCACGAAGUAUCUUCCGUUCUUGACCAGUCUGAUAUGGAUAAAGGUGAAUCAUUUUCAAUGGAUACAUCCCAGGAAGCUGUUACACCUAAGCCUCAAAAUGUUGAAAUAUCUAACUUUGAAGUAAAGUACAAGGAAGUUGAAAAGCAAUUAGAAAUGAUAAAGGAAGAAUAUAAGACUUAUAAAGAAGAAAAAAUUACAAAUGAGAGGAUGUUAUUUGAACAGAUAGAUAACAUGAGACAAGAAAUUUCGAAACUAACUGCAGCCAAUAGUAAAUGUGCUUCCACUUUAGAAUAUAAUAAUGAACGUCUUAGAAUAUUACAAACAAAUAUAACUACUUAUAAGAAACAAAUUCAAUCAUUAGAAGAAAAAAAUAAGGCAUAUAAUUCAACAAUAGCUAAGCAUGAAGUUUCAUUGCAACAUCUUAGAGAUGAAACUUUAAAUGCUCAAGGUAAACUUGCUGCUGCCGAAAUUCAAAUAGAAAAUUUGAAUACGAAGAAUAAACUAUUGAAAGAUACAGAGUUACGUCUACAUACUGAAAAGGAAGUUUUAAAUAGGGAACGUCAGGGACAAUCCUUAUUAUUAAAAAAUCUUGAAUUGAUUAAAGCAAGUCUGGAACGUGUAGAGGCAGAAAACCGUACUAAAAUCGAAUCAAGACUAGAUGAAGCAACAAGAGAAUGUGCAGCUUUAAGAAGAAGACUACAGGAAGAACAAGAUCGGUUCAGAGAACUAGCAGCUCAUCUUGAACGCCAAACAGAAAUUGCUAAGUCAAGAAUGCAAGAAGAAAAAGAUGCCGCUGAUGUAUUGAGGAAAGAAAUGCAACAACUGAGAGAAGACCUAGUGGAAAAAAAUAAAAACAAUGAAGAACUUGCUAAAAAAUUACGGGCUGCUUUAGCGCCAAGCAAUGACAGUACUCUUGACUCCAUUAAGAAAAUAAAAGAACUGGAAAAUAAGUUGUCUGAUAAAGAUAAUGAAAUUUCUUCACUUCUUGAACAAUUAAAUAGAGCCAAAGAACAUGUUAAACAGUAUUGUGAUAUAUCGGAGGAGGCUGAAAAGGAACUUAAAAAUCUCAGUAAGGAGUAUGAAGAUUAUAAAGUUACUACAACAGCAAAACUGGAAGAGAAUGCAAAGAAGUUACAAGCCCUGGAAGACAAAUGUUCUGAACUUGAAGCAGAGCUAUCAAUACAAGCUAAUGGUGAAUAUUCUACAAUGAAUUCCUCUCUUAAGAACGAAUUGGCGGCGGUCAAGGAAGAAUUAAAUAAUGCUCUUUCAAAUUACGAAAGUUCUCGUAAUGAGCUUGAUGUUGCACGAGCAGAUAUUAACAAAUUAUCAGAAGCUGUUCAAAAUGCUGAAGAAAAAUAUAGUCAUGAAAUGAUAUUGCAUUCCACAGAUAUACAAACGUUAACCCAAGUAAAGGAAGAUCUAUCUAGAGUGCAAAAUGAACUCAAUGAAAUGGUAGCUUUAAAAAAUACGACUAUUGAAAAAAUGGAGUCGCAAAAAGCCUCGUGGAUGGAGAGAGAAAAAAUGCUUGCAUCUGAAAAUGAACAACUAAUUCAACGUUUGAAAGAUCUGAAUGAUCAAAACUCAUUAUUACAUGAUCAAAUCCAAGCUUUAGGUACACAACUUUCUGUAACCCAUGCAUCUCGAUCAUUUUCAGAAAGCAUGAAUGAAUCUGGUAAUGAUUCAAAUGUUAAUGUAUCUAUGAGUGAAGAUGAUGGAAAAUCUUCUGAACAAUUAUUCCAAAUUGUCAAGUUCUUACGAAAAGAAAAAGAUAUCGCUAUUGCAAAAUAUGAUAUAAUCCAAGCCGAAGCAAUGCGACUACGAUCACAGCUUGAAAUAACUGAAAAACAACUUGAUGAGUGCAAAUUGGCUCUAGCAGCAGAAAGAGAAAGAUCAGAAAUAGGUAUGGUUACCGUCAAUAAACAAUCUGAUAUUCUCAGAAAAGUGGAAACACUCAAUGCUAUUACUGACAGUAACAGAAUUCUCAGGGAAGAAAGAGACACAUUGUCGAAACGCGUCGAGGAACUUUCAACACAAGUAAAACUAUUAGAGGAACAACUUCUUCCUUUACAAGAAAAAAUAUCAGACUUAACUUCAAAGAACGAAACAUUGCAAUCAGAAAAUACAUCUAUAAAGGGAGACUGUGCGCGAUGGAGAACAAGAGUUAAUGCAUUAGUGGAACGUGCGAACAAAACCAGCCCCGAGGAUUGGAAGCGUUUACAAAAUGAAAGGGAAACAUUGGCAAAAAUGCUUACUACUGAAAAAGAAAGUCUCCGUAAAGUAACGGAAGAAUUAACGGCUAUAAAAAUAGAGAAAACUAAAUUAGAAGAACAGACUAUGGCUCUAUCUCGUCAACAAAAUGUCCUUAUGGAAGAAAACAAGAAACUUAAUGAAGAAUUACAAGUGCUCAAGGAGGAUAUGGCCAGAGUUACUGAAGAGUUAGCUAAAUUAAAAGCUGAAAAUAAUUCCUUUUCUGACACUAACACAAAACUAAAUGAAGAGCUAUCUAACAAAGAAGCUUCAUUUAAUGAUAUUAAAAACAAGGAAAUGCAAAUACGAAAGAUUGCUAGAAAAUAUAAGUUACAAUACGACGAAUUAGUAAAAACCGUUGAAGAAGAAAAGAAAAAGAACGAGGGCGAUGCAGCAGCCGCAGGUGCGGCAGCCGCUGAAAGUUCCAAAAAGAUUGAAGAACAGUUAAGUGAGAUACAAAGUCAGUUGGAAGCUGAGAAAGCUAAUAAUGAGAAAUUAAAACAGGAAUUGGAAACCUUAAGAACUGCCAAUAUGGAUAAAGAGGAGAAGGCGAAGCAAGUCUUGAAACAAGCUAAAAACAAAAUUGUCCAACUUACCGAGUUGAAAAACGUAUUAACUCGUGAAUUAGAUGAAUCACGUUCAAAAAUAGAUACAAUCGAACAGAGCACUAGGGACGAACAAGAUGUAAGAUUAGCGCUUAUAAAAUCCCAAUAUGAAGGACGCCUAUCUCGGCUCGAAAAAGAGCGAGGAGAAGUACAGGCUGAACGGAAUAGAGAAGUUGAAGCUUUGAUGCAGAAAGUAAAUAUGUUGCAAAGGCAAUUGGCUAGCCAAGCAUCAGCUUCCAAACAACAGGCUACUUCGGAUAAGGCGACUACAGAACCUCCAACAGCUAAUAUUAAACCCAUGGCAGGUGUAGCGCAACAGAGUGUGUCUGGGAGCAGGCGUGGUGGUGAAACGCCACUUGCGUCCAUUAGGCCGAUGGCGCAAGUCGGACCUACGGCGCCGCACGAUGCGCACACAACUGAAUACAUGCCCGCGUCUUCCUCACGACCUCUCACACGCGCUGCUCUUGCGGCUUCCACCGCACCGCCGGAAUCGACGCAGGAUAUGGACACAAGUGAAGCUGGAAUGGGCAGUUCAGGCUCCAGUGAUAGUACAACACAGUCUACAACACAUUCCCAAGCUCCUCAACAGGCGGUCGCUCUCGUACUACCACGUAUCGAACAGCCGAGUGGUGCCAGUUCCGGCUCGAUGAGCGCCGCUGCGAGUUCACCUGCCGCAGCCGCUGCGCCUGCACAGCCAACUCUUCCUACUCCAGCUCCAGCAAGCGCAGGGAGCGCUGCAACAGUGGGCACCGGUCAAGCGUCGAGUGUGAGCACUUCGCACGCGACCGCCGUAGUGAGCACGUCGCACGCGGCCCCCGUGGGCACUUCGCACUCGGCGCCCAUGGUCACCACGUCGCACACUGCGCUCGGCGUCAGCACGUCGCACUCGGGCGCCGGCGUCAGCACGUCACACGUCGCCCCCGGUGUUAGCACGUCACACGUGGCUCCCGGUGUCAGCACGUCACACGUCGCGCCCGGCGUCAGCACGUCGCACGUGGCCCCCGGCGUCAGCACGUCCCACGCUCCGCCCGGCGUCAGCACAUCUCACCCGCCGCCUGAUGCUCGCCCGCAAAAACGACGCUUACAAGCCAGACCGGUCACGGCUAAACGGACGAGAGUACAAGGUUUCGAAAGAUCAGUGGAGGUUGAAUAUCAAGUGCCGACAUCGUCUCGCUGCGACCAAGAUGAUGAAGGGGUGAUCGUCGUCGAUUCUGAAGAGGAUGAUGAAAGAUGUUCCGGGACUAUGUACAGGGAAGGUGAGGAGGAUGAGGAAGAUAUGGAUGAAGAACAAGAAGUCGAGGGCGGGGAAGAGGAAGAGGAAGUAGAAGGGGAUGACGGAAACAAUGACAAUAGACAGGAGUCUCCCGCGCAGUCGCCCGAGGCGGGGUCGGGCGGCGAGGCGGGGUCGGGCGGCGGGUCGGAGGGCGCGGACGAGGCGCUGCGCGAGGCGGACAGCGAGCCCGCGCCCGCGCACCAGCAGAUCGAGGCCAUCAGCAGCGGCACCGAGCCGAGCGGUGCAUUGUCAAUUGGAGGCAACGGUGGUGAUGACGGAGACGACAGCAUCGUACCUUCCACACCAACACUUUAUGUGCCAAGACGAAAUGAUGGGUUCGGCGAGGCGGUGGUGUCGCCGCUGGGCGCGGGCGGCGGCGCGGGCGAGGCGGGCGGCGCGGCGCGGUUCACGUUCGCGGAGGCGGGCGGCGCCGCGUCGCACCACGACACGCACGCCGACCUCGCCGCCGCGCUGCCGCCGCCCGCCGCGCACCCCAACCACCCCGCGCACCCCAGAGGCGAUAGUAACGAAUCCCGUGAAUGGGAAGAGUCGAGAAAUGAAGAGGAGGCUGCCGCAGUGAGCUCACAAGGAAGCGAACCUUCAUCACCACAACAGCAGGUCGCGGAGGAGGGCCGCGAGGCGGAAGCGAGCGCAGCGCCGCGCCGCGCGCCGCACGCACCGCACGCACCGCACUCGCCGCACCAGCGGUGGAUGCGGGCCGCCGAUAGUGAAAGCGGACCCCGCGGCCGGGGAACGCGGCCGAGAGGUCGCCCCUCCCGUAGAUCACAUGGCUAUACAAGGUUCUGAGGGCAAGAUGCUCUAAGAACCCUUAAAGACUUUAUUUUUUUGUUUGGUAUUAGGUACUUUCGUCUUGCUAAACAUUCCCAACGCCAUUCAUGCGUGGGAAUCAGUAGAUAUUUAUGAUAAAAACUAUAAUAUGAUUCGUGUUUGCAUGGACUGAAUUAUUACGGUGAAACUUUAUUAAAAUUGAGUGAUUAACAACAAUUAUAUGUUAACUCCACUACAUUAUUCAUCUGCCGUGAAAAAAACAAUAGUAUACGAAUUAAGGUUAUUUUGUUGUAAUAUAUUUAUAUCCUUUAGCAAGUCGGACUAAUAUAGUGGUGAUAAAGAGCCCAAGUUAAUAUAUUCUCCAGUGUGGAAUUAGAAAUAAGUCCUUUUCUUUAAAUACAAAAUUCAUUUCUUACAUAUAUGUUUUCAUUUCAGUCUUCAAAGAUAUAAAGAUUGGUUGAAUUUAAAAUUUUUCAUAAUAGUUAUUUUAUCUAAAAUAAUAUAAUUACGCACUCUUCGCCUCUGUAUGUCUCUGGUGACUGACGAUUUGUAAAAAAAUAUUAAUUGGGCCAGUUACUCACCACUGUUGUUUAUUUUUGUUUUCUUUUAAUUCGAGUCAUGUCUAGUAGGAAGUAUAAUAAAAAGUUAAGGGCUAGAAAAGUGUUUGUGACUAAUUGAUAAGAAAAACUCCGUGAGUUUAAAAAUCAUAUAAUUCUUGCAAAGAUUAUUGCCUAUUAAUAAGAAACAGUAUAGCAGAACAUUUGAUAUGCUUUAUAUGACUUUACAUUGAAAAUUGAUUCAAUAAAGUAUAUCUAUUGUCUUUGCAGUAUUAUACUACAUCAAAAUUGAUUAUUCAAGUGUCUUAUUGUUAAAUAAAUAGCUCGAGAUCCAUUACUGUUUAUAAUUUUUUACUUCAUCCCGUUUAACUAGUAGUAUAGCUAGAUUUAAGUAAAAUGAUAAAUAUCCAAUGAACAUUUCCAUACUUUAUAAUUGUAUUAUUGUUACUUAUCUAGAAUAAUAAAAUAUAUAAUAUAA